GUGGCUGUAGUAACUAGUGACGACGGAUGCGGUGGAAUGACAACAAACAAACAAAAACAAAAAUACAUCUCUAGUUUAAACAGAGAUAUUGGUGCUGAGUUAUUUUUUUCUUUAUAGUUAUCUACUCAUGUUCAAUAAUUUCAAUAUUUUUUUAUUAAAGUGGCUGGGCUUUGUUUAACCAUUUCCAUUCUGUUUUAUGCCAGCGACAUCAAAUAACCACACAGGUGAGCAAUCUGAUUCAUUUGACACAUCUGAUUUCAAGUGCAGGGAUUCCCAUGUAUUUGACAAGUGGUAUUUGUUUAUUUUUCUUUGAAGCUGAGUUGAGUAGGCCUACUUCAAUCCCCACUGUGAUACCCACCACUCUGUGAUGGCCACAAUAUGCCUGGUUGGACCAGCUUUGAGGGUCUGCCCUUGACCAACUGCUUAGAUUGUCAUUAGAAUGUACUCCCUGCCAGACAGUCAGGUUCCUCCCAGGCCUACCUUGGAAGCUUUUCCUUGCUACUGCUUCUGCUUGCUCUUUGCACCUUUAGGCCUGGGUUUCUGUUAACACUUUGUGACAAAUGUAUUAGCAAAAUGGCCAUGUCUAUACAAUUUCUAUGAUUUAUCAUAAUUUAUUUGACAUGAACUGUGUUCCCUUUUAAUGUGCCUUUCCAAGUGGAUACAUAGGGAGAGUAUGUCCAUGAGAUUGAUUAGUAUUUUAUUAGGAUCUCCAUUAGCUGCUGCUAAAGCAGUAGCCAUUCUUCCUGGGGUCCACACAAAACAUAAAAGAAUACAGAACAUUAGUAGUCAAGAACAGCUCAAGGACAGAACUAAAUAAAUGUAAAAUAAGACAUACACUUUCACUACUCAGUUCUCAUGACAUGAACAUAGCAUUGUCUCAUGAAUCAUGUGGAGUUCCCCUGACGUGAACAUAGCCACAUUAAUGGUAAGUUAUUCUACCUAAUGGUAAGACUGCCAGUGUGUUCAUGGCUUAUGACAUGUUCAUAUGCUAUCUGAACAGAGCACGAAUCAUAGGCUAAGUUCCCCUGACAUGAACAUACAGUAGCUACAUAUCAUACGGCAUAUAGAGCUUCACUGAAAGUCCUUUGCUCUCGCUAAAUUCCCCUGACGUGAAUAAAGCUACCUUGUCAUUUACAGGUACCACCCAUAAUGGGUCUCCUGGGGUAAAAUAUAGUCUUAUUACAGUUACCACCCAUAAUGGGUCUCCUGGGGUAAAAUAUAGUCUUAUUACAGUUACCACCCAUAAUGGGUCUCCUGGGGUAAAAUGUAUGGGUCUCCUGGAAUUUCUUGCAUUACAGUUACCACCCGUAAUGAUGAUGAGGGGAAACCAGCAAGCCUUCUAAUAGUCUAUCUUGGAUGCCUAACUGGGCUCGUGGCACUGGUGGCCUGCUCUCUCAUUCUGUGUAAGCUAAACAGGAUCUCUUCAAGUUCAGGAAUCAACAUUGAACAAACUCGUUGUUUUUAAGUAACUAACCUAUCACCUCUCUCAUUUCCUUUCCAGAUCAAAUUUAUGGAAUGCACUCAAACUCCCACUUCACUGAGCUGCUGAAGGCCCCUGAGGUCCCUGUGUCAGUGCUGGUGGUGUACCCUGCAGAAAACCCUGUCUUCCAGAGAGCUGUGCUAGCUUUUGCUGAGUUCCUCCAGUGGCAUGGUGGCUGCCAGGUGGCUAUCGACAUGUGGCAGCGUGGCAGGCUGGCAGAGCAGGGCCCGAUGCGUUGGCUAGCAGAACAGGCCAAAUCCGCAGCCAGGGUGAUGGUAAUAAGCCCGCAGCCCAACCACUGCCACACUGGCCCAGGGGAACACGCCGUACCAGCCGCAGCUCACGACCUGUUCUCUCUGGUGCUCAACAUGGUGGCAGGCCACGCUCCGAGCCCCAACGAGCUGGCCAAGUUCUGGUUGGUGCACCUGGGCAAGGCCCCGGAGAAGAGCGGCCUACCUGUGGAAUUGACGUCCUGUAGGGAAUUUAGUCUGAUGAGGGACUUGGAGAAACUCUGCAGACACUUGCAUCAGCAGGGCACCAAAAGACCAGGGUUGGCCUAUGGGGAGAAGGCGACAGGGAAGCUGAUGGAGGCUGUGCAGCAGUUAGAGGCAUGGUAA